AUGGGGUCGUCAAAGAAGCACCGCUGGGAGGAAGAGGCGGCCAUGACCACGGCGGCGGCCGGCACUGGGGGCGCCACCGAGCAGCCGCGGCGACACCGAGAGCACAAAAAACACAAGCACCGAGAGCACAAAAAACACAAGCACCAGACCGCGCUUCUUGUUGUUCCAGCUUCCAGUUCCAAAACCAGCUCAGGAGAUGCUUCGUCACUUAGCAUCGAGGAGACCAAUAAACUCCGGGCAAAGUUGGGGCUGAAACCCUUGGAAGUCAAUGCCGUCAAGAAGGAGGCGGGCACCAAGGAGGAGCCCGUGGCAGCCGAUGUCAUCAACCCCAUGGCCUUGCGACAACGAGAGGAGCUACGAGAAAAGCUGGCAGCUGCCAAGGAAAAGCGCCUCCUGAACCAAAAGCUGGGGAAGAUAAAGACUCUGGGGGAGGAUGACCCCUGGCUGGACGACACUGCAGCCUGGAUCGAGAGGAGCCGGCAGCUGCAGAAGGAGAAGGACUUGGCAGAGAAGAGGGCCAAGCUGCUGGAGGAGAUGGACCAGGAGUUUGGUGUCAGCACUCUGGUGGAGGAGGAGUUCGGGCAGAGGCGGCAGGACCUGUACAGUGCCCGGGACCUGCAGGGCCUCACUGUGGAGCAUGCCAUUGACUCCUUCCAAGAAGGGCAGACUAUGAUCCUUACCCUUAAGGACAAAGGCGUGCUGCAGGAGGAGGAAGACGUGCUGGUGAACGUGAACCUGGUGGAUAAGGAGCGGGCAGAGAAAAACGUGGAGCUGCGGAAGAAAAAGCCCGACUACCUGCCCUAUGCAGAGGAUGAGAGUGUGGAUGACCUGGCACAGCAAAAACCCCGCUCUAUCCUGGCCAAGUACGACGAGGAGCUGGAGGGCGAGCGGCCGCACUCCUUCCGUUUGGAGCAGGGCGGCAUUGCCGAUGGCCUUCGGGAACGUGAGCUGGAAGAGAUCCGCACCAAACUGCGGCUGCAAGCUCAGUCCCUGAGCAUGGUCGGGCCGCGGCUCGCCUCCGAGUACCUCACGCCAGAGGAGAUGGUGACCUUUAAAAAGACCAAGCGGAAGGUGAAGAAGAUCCGAAAGAAGGAGAAGGAGGUGGUAGUGCGGGCUGACGACUUGCUGCCUCUUGGGGACCAGACUCAAGAUGGGGACUUUGGUUCCAGACUGCGGGGCCGGGGUCGGCGCCGAGUGCCCGAGGGAGAUGAGGAGGCCCCGGAGGAGGAGGAAGAGAAGGAGCCGGUGUCUCAGCCCCCACCGUCAGAUGACACUCGAGUGGAAAACAUGGAUAUCAGUGAUGAGGAGGAGGGCGGGCCACCACCUGGGUCCCCAGAGCUGCUGGAGGAGGAUGAGGCGGAGCUGGAGCUGCAGAAGCAGCUGGAGAAGGGCCGCCGGUUACGGCAGCUGCAGCAGCUGCACCAGCUGCGGGACAGCGGCGAGAAGGUGGUGGAGAUUGUGAAGAAGCUGGAGUCCCGCCAGCGGGGCUUGGAGGAGGAUGAGGAUCCGGAGCGGAAGGGGACCAUCGUGUUCAACGCCACGUCGGAGUUCUGCCGCACCUUGGGGGAGAUCCCCACCUACGGGCUGGCCGGCAACCGGGAGGAGCAGGAGGAGCUCAUGGACUUCGAACGGGACGAGGAACGCUCGGCCAAUGGCGGCUCCGAGUCUGACGGGGAGGAGAACAUUGGCUGGAGCACAGUCAACCUGGAUGAGGAGAAGCAGCAUCAGGAUUUCUCUGCCUCCUCCACCACCAUCCUGGACGAGGAGCCCAUCGUGAAUAGAGGGCUGGCAGCCGCACUGCUCCUGUGUCAGAACAAAGGACUGCUGGAGACGACAGUGCAGAAGGUGGCCCGGGUGAAGGCGCCCAACAAGUCCCUGCCGUCAGCGGUGUACUGCAUUGAGGACAAGAUGGCCAUCGAUGACAAGUAUAGCCGGCGGGAGGAGUACCGGGGCUUCACCCAGGACUUCAAGGAGAAGGACGGCUAUAAGCCUGAUGUUAAGAUCGAGUAUGUGGAUGAGACGGGCCGAAAACUCACACCCAAGGAGGCUUUCCGACAGCUGUCCCACCGCUUCCACGGGAAAGGCUCGGGCAAGAUGAAGACAGAGCGGAGGAUGAAGAAGCUGGACGAGGAGGCGCUCCUGAAGAAGAUGAGCUCCAGCGACACACCCCUGGGCACUGUGGCUUUGCUCCAGGAAAAGCAAAAGGCCCAGAAGACACCGUACAUCGUGCUCAGCGGCAGCGGCAAGAGCAUGAAC